AUGGGUUGUGGAUCUAUUUCCUAUGAGACGACUCCUGACGUCUCUGGGGAUCUUAUAACAGAAAACACCCGAGAAGCCUUAGAGAAAUCCGUAUGGCAGAAGGUUGCCACAGCCAGGCCACUGGGUGCAGCUGAUAAACUGGCUCCAGCUCAGUAUAUCCGAUACAGCCCAGCUCAGCAAGGAGUGGCUUUCAACUCUGGAGCCACACAGAGGGUUAUUCGGAUGGCAGAAAUGCAGACAGAUCCCAUGGAACCUUCAAGGUUUAAGACUAACGAGAAAAUCCCCCAGGGACCACCUUCUCCUCCUGCACCUGUCAUGUGUUCCCCUAGCAGACAGAUGACUGGAAGGGAACAGCAAGAGUGGAAGAUUCCUCCCUGUAUUUCUAACUAGAAAAACGCAAAGGGUUACACGAUCCCACUGGACAAACGUCUGGUUGCGGAUGCGAGAGGACUACAGACAGUACACAUCAGUGAGAAGUUUGCCAGACUCACCCAAGCCCUCUCCAUGGCUGAUCGCAAGGCUUGGGAAGCUGUGGAAAUGCGUGCCCAGGUAGAGAGAAAGAUGGCUCAUAAAGCGAAGGAGAGACGUGAAGAAAAACUCAGAGAAAUGGCCCAGAAAGCCAGGGAGAGGAGAGCUGGGACCAAGACCCAUGUGGAGAAAGAGGAGGGGGAGGCACACGAGAGGGAGGAAAUCCGGCAUGACAGGCGAGAAGAGAGACAGCGUGCCCGGAACCUUCCCACGGCAGCGCCAGAGAAGAGGCCAAAAGGACAGAGAAGUGAGACUCGGGAUGUGACCGAAGUCAUUGCUCUCAGUAUGGAAAAUCCUCGCACGUGCAGUGAAGUUCAGGACGACCACAGGCUCUUUGACCGAUCCCAAGGGGUGGACAGUGGGUUUGCAGGUGGACAAGAUGAAAUGUACAAUGUUUAUGAUCGAGCCUGGAGAGGUGGUCAGGGUGUGGCCCAGAUCAUUUACAGGCCCAGCCAAAAUCUGGACAAGGACGUGUGUGCUGAUGACCUAGAAGGCAGAAUAAAGACCAACAGAUUUCUUCCCCACCAGGAGGUUUCUGCUUCAGACUGAAGGCGAAGAGGCCGAGAAGGACCAGUUCAGUUUGAGGAAGACCCUUUUGGUUUGGACAACUUUUUGGAAGAAGCCAAACAGCACGGGGCCUCUAAGAGACCCUCAGAGAGCAGCCGCCCCAGGGAACGUGAGCACGAAAGCAAGAGGAGGAGGAAGGAAGAGACGCACAUCUCUUCCAAGUCAACGGACUAUCAGCCAGAAACCUGA